AUGGGGCCUCCUCUUUACCUCCUAUCAGAUUUGGCCCUUCCCUCCUACCAAGGAGACCGCUGGUAACAUUCACAUUUUUACAUGGAAUUUUUCGAAAUAAAGGGGGCGGUAUAGGAUUCGAACCCCCGAUAUCACUGCUAAGACCCUCCGACUCGCCCACUCGAGCCGCUUAGCCCUUCUUAAAUUGGUGAUGAAGGUGCAUCAGGCUUAGGUUCUGGUUUAGCAAAUUGCAUUAAUCUCUCAAAAUUGGAACUUUAUCUUCAUAAUAAUAAAAUUGAUGAUUAAGGUGUAUCAGGCUUAGGUUAUGGUUUAGCAAAUUGUAUUAAUCUCUCAAAUUUAAUACUUCAUCUUGACGUAAAUCAAAUUGGUAAUGAUGGUGCAUCAGGCUUAGGUUCUGGUUUAGCAAAAUGCAUUAAUCUCUCAAAUUUGACACUUUAUCUUAGCUAAAAUCAAAUUUCUGAUGAAGGUGCAUCAGGCUUAGGUUCUGGUUUAGCAAAAUGCAUUAAUCUCUCAAAUUUGACACUUGUCCUUUUUGAAAAUUCCAUUGGUGAUGACGGUGCAUCAGGCUUAUGUUCUGAUUUAUAAUAUUGCAUUAAUCUCUCAAAUUUGACAAUUGAUCUUAGUUCCAAUUAUAUUUAUGAAACUGGUGCAUCAAGCUUAGGUUCUGAUUUAGCAAAUUGCAAUAAUCUCUCAAAUUUGACACUUGAUCUUUGUUGGAAUUAAAUUGGUGCAAAAGGUGCAUCCGGCUUAAGUUCUGGUUUAGCAAAAUGCAUUGAUCUCUAAAAUUUGACACUUAAACUUAAUCACAAUUAAAUUGAUGAUAAAGGUGCAUCAGACUUAGGUUUUGGUUUAGCAAAUUGCAUUAAUCUCACGCUUGAUCUUAGUUACAAUUAAAUUGGUGAUAAAGGUGCAUCAGACUUAGGUUUUGGUUUAGCAAAUUGCAUUAAUCUCACACUUGAUCUUAGUAGCAAUUAAAUUGGUGCAAUUGGUGUUUCAGUCUUAGGUUCUGCUUUAGUAAAUUUAACCAAUCUCUCAAAUUUGACACUUGAUCUUAGUUACUAUAAAAUGGGUUCAUUUAGUGUUUCAGGCUUAGGUUCUCAAUUAGCAAAUUGCAUUAAUCUCUCAAAUUUGACACUUGUUCUAAAUGCCAAUUAAAUGGGUGAUGAAGAUGCAUCAUGCUUAGGUUCUAGUUUAGCAAAUUGCAUUAAUCUCUCAAAUUUGACACUUGAUCUUCAUGAGAAUAAAAUUGGCGAUGAAGGUGCAUCAGGCCUAGGUUCUAGUUUAGCAAAUUGCAUUAAUCUCUCAAAUUUGACACUUAAUCUUCGAGGCAAUUAAAUUGGUGCAAUUGGUUUAUCAGGCUUAGGUUCUGCUAUAGCAAAUUGCAAUAAUCUCUUAAGAUUGAUACUUGAGGUUCGAAAAAAACAAAGAAAAGAAAGUAAAAUAAAGCGAUUAUUACUAAUCAUGCAAUAAUAGUAAGACAUUGAACCUAAAUAUAAAGCACCUGUAGAGAAAUUUUAACAAAUGUUUGAUGACUACGUAAUGAAAUAUGAUCAGAGUAUGAUAUUUGAUAAAGAUGAACUAGAAUUGAUUUACAAUGAGCUUCAAAAGAAGAAGAUAUACUUAACAUCCUACAUUUCACAAGGUGCUUAUGGAUGUGUUUUUGAGGCUAAGUAUAAUGAUGAAAUUGUAGCUAUCAAAUGCAGUAAAGCUAACUUUGAAAAAAUCAAUGAAGAAGAAAAAAUACUGAAUUUGUUAAAGGAGACUCCUUAUGUUUUUAGAUCUAUCUAAGGGUUUUUAAAUGAGAAAAAAUCGAAAUACUAUCAGAUUUCUAAAAGAUAUUCAUGUAAUCUUAAAGAUAUAAUGCAAAGCCUCUUUGAUUAGAAAAAAACACUACCACUCAACUAAAUAAUUGGUUUUGCUAUUCAGAUGUCAACAGUUUUUAAUAAAAUUUAGUAAAAUAAUUUUAUUCAUUCUGAUGUUAAACUAGAGAAUAUUCUUUAUGAUAGCUAAGAAAAAUGUUUUAAUCUAUGUGAUUAUGGAGAUUCUAAAUUAUUUAAAGAUGGAUCAUGUACCUAGAAUCUCAAAGCCUUUACAAGAAGGUAUGCAGCUCCUGAAAUUACAGAUUUAGAAAAUGGUUCCUUCAAUAUCAAAUAUGAUAUUUAUGGCUUAGGUAUUAUUCUCCUUGAAUUAACCCUUGGAUAGUUUCUAAAAGAAGAAGAUUGUACUUUUAUCAGAAAUGGAAACUUACCAAAUUAUUUAAGAGAAAAGGAUUUAUUUAAAGAUAUUAACUAAAUUAUAAUUAAAAUGCUUGAAAAAGAGCCUUAAAAAAGAAUUGAUUCAUUUGAACUAACUAAAGAAUUAAAUGAGUUAAGACUAAAACUGGAAAGUUAGUUUAUUUGUGCAGUACAGGACAAGUUGGAUUUUUUUGACUCCAAUCUCAUGAUAUCUAAAUUCAAACAAUCUUUUGUUAAAUUUAACUACACAUGCAAACAAAAUGAAGUCAGGUUAGAUGAAUAUGCUUUUAGCGAUUAUGAAAACUUCUCUAAAAUCUAUGAUUUUAUACAAAAUAGGCAUAUUCGUCACCUAGAUCUUAAUUUAGAGCCACCACUUUUUUAAUAUAAUAACCUUAGUGCAAAUGAAGCUAAGAAAAUUGGAAUGAGCUUGGAGAAGUGCAAAAAUAUAACAUCUUUGAAUCUGAAUUUAUAGCGUAAUAACCUUGGUGCAGAUGGAGCUAAGAAUAUUGGAAUGGGCUUAGAGAAGUGCCAAAAUAUAAUAUCUUUGAUUCUAAAUUUAAGGGAUAAUAAGCUUGGUGCAGAUGGAGCUAAGAACAUUGGAUUGAGCCUGGAGAAGUGCAAAAAUAUAACAUCUUUGAAUCUAGAUUUAUAGUAUAAUAACCUUGGUGAAAUGGGAGCUAAGAAAAUUGGAAUGAGCUUGGAGAAGUGCCAAAAUAUAAUAUCUUUGAGUCUGGAUUUAUGGUAUAAUAACCUUGAUGCAAAUGGAGCUAAGAAUAUAGGAGUGAGCUUGGAGAAAUGCCAAAAUAUAACAUCUUUGAAUCUAAAUUUAAGGUAUAAUAAACUUGGUGCAGAUGGAGCUAAGAAUAUUGGAAUGAGCUUGGAGAAGUGUAAAAAUAUAAAAUCUUUGAAUCUAGAUUUAUAGGAUAAUAACAUUGGUGCUGAUGGAGCUAAGAAUAUUGGAAUGAACUUAGAGAAGUGCCAAAAUAUAACAUCUUUGAAUCUAAAUUUAAGGGAUAAUAACCUUGGUGCAAAUGGAACUAAGAAUAUUGGAACCAGCUUGGAGAAGUGCCAAAAUAUAACAUCUUUGAAUCUGUUUUUAGAGGAUAAUAACCUUGGUGAGGAAGGGGCUAAGAACAUAAAAAUGAGCUUGGAGAAAUGCUAAAAUAUAACAUCUUUGAAUCUUAAUUUAAAGUAAUUUAACAAAUUAUCAAUUUAUUAAACUUGUCUUAAUUAUUAUAUUUGCGAAAUUUAAACUUAAAAACAAAUGGAUUUAGAAAAUUAAUUUAUUGAUUCACAAUUGAUAAAUAGUAUUUGA